UGUCAAGGCGGAUGGGCUUGACGACCUGCUAAUCACCACAGAAGACAAGCUGACUCAGUUCUCGCCGGCACGGCCCACUCGGCAGACGUUCUUGAUUGUCCGCCCGUGGAAUCGUCAUGACCUUGGGCUGCCUGAUUUUGCCGAUGAUGCGCAGAGCGUGGAUGAUUGGUCUGAUCCCGAAUCCCCGUCAGAGGAAUCGAUCACCUUUUGGCUUUUACUGGCGCAGCAGCGUGGUGGGGAGUACAAGAGGAUUGCUUCGGAUCACAACAUCAUCGCACGGGUCAAGGACAUGGCUGCUAUACAUCACAUGAUGGACGUCAGGAUUUUAGAGAUAUUGUAG